UCGGGAUCAGCGGCUGCGGCACCGCCCGGGACUCUCGGAUCAGGGUCUGGGCUCAGUCUGGCGCUGCCCGCAGCCCCUGCCUGGGAACCGACCCCGCCCUUCGCAGUCUCGGCUCCUCUGUCCCCUGUCCGGGAUGUCCUGGUCGGGCGAGCUCCGGACGGACCAGCAGGCAGAAGCCCGUGCCUUCCUCAGCGAGGAGAUGAUUGCGGAGUUCAAAGCCGCCUUUGACAUGUUUGAUGCUGAUGGCGGUGGAGACAUCAGCACCAAGGAGCUGGGAACAGUGAUGAGAAUGCUGGGCCAGAACCCCACCAAAGAGGAGUUGGAUGCCAUCAUUGAGGAGGUGGACGAGGAUGGCAGCGGCACCAUCGACUUCGAGGAGUUCCUGGUCAUGAUGGUGCGCCAGAUGAAAGAGGAUGCCAAAGGCAAGUCUGAGGAGGAGUUGGCCAACUGCUUCCGCAUCUUUGACCGGAAUGCGGAUGGGUUCAUUGACAUUGAGGAGCUGGGUGAGAUCCUGAGAGCCACCGGAGAGCCUGUCACUGAUGAGGACAUAGAGGACAUGAUGAAGGACUCCGACAAGAACAAUGACGGUCGCAUCGACUUUGAUGAGUUCCUGAAGAUGAUGGAGGGUGUGCAGUAAGGGACCAGACAUUCCUCAGGCUGGCUGCUGCACCCAGCCCUGCUCCCCUGCUGUCCAGGGAGCAGCAGCUCCACAGCAGCUGGCCUCUCAGCGCUGGCUGGGACCUUGCUCUGUGCCGGGGUCCCAGUCUCAUCUCACCACCGGCGGCUGA